GGCGCAGCCGAGGGGCCCCAAAGAGUUUGUGGAGGCAGUUCCGGUGUGGGACGCUGCGUUUCGGUCGCUCUUUUCCGAGGCUGGAGUUUUAGCAGCAAGUGAACAUGUCUGGUCGCGGAAAGCAGGGCGGCAAAGUGAGGGCCAAGGCCAAGUCCCGGUCCUCCCGCGCAGGCCUGCAGUUCCCGGUGGGCCGAGUGCACAGACUGCUGCGGAAGGGGAACUACGCGGAGCGAGUGGGCGCCGGGGCGCCGGUGUACCUGGCGGCGGUGUUGGAGUACCUGACCGCAGAGAUCCUGGAGUUGGCUGGCAACGCUGCGCGGGACAACAAGAAGACCAGGAUAAUCCCUCGCCAUCUGCAGCUCGCCAUCCGCAACGACGAGGAGCUAAACAAGCUGCUGGGGAAAGUGACCAUCGCUCAGGGCGGCGUCCUGCCCAACAUCCAGGCCGUGCUGCUUCCGAAGAAGACGGAGAGUCAGAAGGCGAAGAGCAAGUGACCCUGACCUCGCCACAGGGACGCUGGCUUCCCAGGCAAAGGCCCCGUUCGUAACCGUCCCGCUGUCUUUUCGAAAGUGCUGGAUGCCGUGGAGGGCUAGCGGGGAGGCGGACGGCCAGGGGCUGGCCAGGCCGCGAGCCAAUAAAGUUGUUAAAACCAUA